AUGCUGGGAGUUGAGGGGAUCGCCAAAGGCAAAUGGCUACCCCCCCCCCACCCCCUUCCCGGCUACCUUUGGUCGUGCUGUCUGCUCCUGCUAUUCUCCUCUGGAGUCCAGGGGGCCCCAGGGACUCCCAGUGCUGCCCCAGAGCAAGUCCAUCUGUCUUACCCAGGUGAGCCUGGCUCCAUGACUGUAACCUGGACCACAUGGGUCCCAACCCGCUCGGAAGUGCAGUUUGGGAUGCAGCUGGCGGGGCAUCUGCCCCUCCGGGCCCAGGGCACCUUCAGCACUUUUGUGGAUGGGGGUGUGCUCCGGAGAAAGUUCUACAUCCACCGAGUCACGCUGCGGGGCUUGCUGCCCGGGGCCGAGUACGUGUACCGCUGUGGCAGUGCCCAGGGCUGGAGCCGUCGGUUCCGCUUCAGAGCCCUUAAGAAUGGGGUGCACUGGAGCCCCCGUCUGGCUGUGUAUGGGGACCUGGGAGCUGACAACCCGAAGGCCCUGCCCAGGCUGCGCAGGGACACCCUGCAGGGCAUGUACGAUGCCGUUCUCCAUGUGGGAGACUUUGCCUACAACAUGGAUCAGGACAACGCCCGUGUUGGGGACAGGUUCAUGCGGCUCAUUGAGCCCGUGGCCGCCAGCCUGCCGUACAUGACAUGCCCUGGGAAUCAUGAAGAACGAUACAACUUCUCUAACUAUAAGGCUCGGUUCAGCAUGCCAGGAGACAACGAAGGCCUGUGGUACAGCUGGGAUCUGGGUCCGGCCCACAUCAUCUCCUUCUCCACUGAGGUGUAUUUCUUUCUCCAUUAUGGCCGCCACCUGGUAGAGAAGCAGUUUCACUGGCUGGAGAGUGACCUCCAGAAAGCCAAUAAGAACCGGGUAGCCCGGCCCUGGAUCAUCACCAUGGGCCACCGGCCCAUGUACUGCUCCAACGCAGACUUAGAUGACUGCACGUGGCACGAGAGCAAGGUCCGCAAAGGCCUCCACGGCAAGCUGUUUGGGCUGGAGGAUCUUUUCUACAAAUAUGGAGUGGACCUGCAGCUGUGGGCUCACGAACACUCCUAUGAACGACUGUGGCCGAUUUACAACUAUCAGGUAUUUAAUGGCAGCCAAGAGACGCCCUACACCCACCCACGAGGCCCUGUCCACAUCAUCACAGGCUCUGCGGGUUGUGAGGAGCGGCUCACCCCCUUUGCUCUCUUCCCGAGGCCCUGGAGCGCCGUGCGAGUAAAAGAGUAUGGGUAUACACGGCUGCACAUCCGGAACGGGACCCACGUCCACAUCCAGCAGGUGUCUGAUGACCAGGAUGGGAAGAUUGUGGAUGACGUCUGGAUAGUGAGACCCCUGCAUGGCCGGAGGAUGUACCUCUAG